AAGAGAGAGAAAAAAAAAAUGUUCCCCUCGCGCGCGCGCGUGCCGCGAGCUGAAGAUGUACCGCCAGGUACAACCUCGCCGGCUGUUUUAUUUUUUUUUUUCAACAUGCAUGCGAACUCCUGGCGACUCCUGAUAUAUUGGACAGCGUGGGUAUCUGAGAUCACUUGGCGACAUCUCUCUGUAUCUUGAGACAGCAGACGUCAGUGUGAGGACACCAUGGAGAUUAUCCCAGAGACUCGCGACAAAUGGAGCAAGAAAGUGGAGUACCUUCUGGCCAUCAUUGGCUACGCCGUGGGCCUGGGCAACGUCUGGCGCUUCCCUUAUCUGUGUUUCAGAAGUGGUGGAGGUGCAUUCCUGAUUCCAUUUUUUGUCAUGCUGGUACUGUGUGGCAUACCCCUGGCAUACAUGGAGAUGGCUGUCGGUCAGUUCACAAGACGUGGUCCAGUGGGGGCCAUUGCCAAGCUGUGUCCAUUCUUCAAAGGUGCUGGGCUGGCGACUGUUGUCAUCUCCUUCUUGUUCACAACAUACUACAUUAUCAUCAUUACCUGGUCCUUUUACUACCUGUUCAGCACAUUUCAGAGGCGUCUACCAUGGACCAGCUGUGACCCUGAGUGGAGCUCUUCCUUGUGCUGGGACAAUUCAACAAAUUCCACACUUCCACGUCCCAGUGACUCACGCUCACCUACUGAAGACUUUUACUAUGAACGGGUACUGGAGCGCUCAUCUGGCAUUGAAGAACAGGGCUCAAUUCAUUGGCAGCUGCUUCUUAUUCUUAUCUUGUGCUGGAUUAUUGUAUACUUCUGCAUCUGGAAAGGCCCAAAGUCUACGGGUAAGGUGGUGUACUUCACAGCUACAUUUCCAUAUCUAGUCCUGCUGAUACUGCUGGUAAGGGGACUGACACUUCCAGGCUCUGAGGAUGGCAUCAAUUUCUUUAUCAAACCUAAAUGGGAUCUGCUGCUUCGAGCUGAGGUUUGGGUAUAUGCUGCUGCUCAGAAUUUUAACUCCUUGGGUGUUGCUUUUGGUGGUCUAAUAACGAUGUCCAGUUACAACAAGUACAACAAUAAGAUUAUCAGAGAUGUCUUAAUCCUGGCUCUAGUAGAUGCCGUUACCUGCAUCCUGGCUGGCUUUGCAAUUUUCUCCAUUCUUGGCAACCUGGCUCUGAAUCAAGGCAAAGAUGUGGGGGAUGUCGUCAAGGAAGGUCCAGGGCUAGUCUUCAUCAUCUACCCUGAAGCAUUUACCAUGAUGCCUGCGUCUCAGUUGUUUGCCUUUCUUUUCUUUUUUAUGCUCAUCUGUCUGGGCAUCGACAGUCAGUUUGCAUCAGUGGAAGUGAUUGUCACCACUAUACAAGAUCACUUUGGAGACAUUGUCAAAAAAUAUCUAAAACACAAAGAGGUGCUAGUCUUACUUGUCUGCAUUGUCACAUUUUUGUUUGGACUGCCCAAUAUAACUCAGGGUGGAGUGUGGUUCUUCACUCUAAUUGAUUACUACGCUGCUGCCUUGUCGCUCAUGAUCCUGGCCUUUUUUGAGGUGAUUGGUAUCACCUGGUUUUAUGGUGCCAAACGUUUGGCCCGUGACAUACGCGACAUGACUGGAUCGGCGCCUAACAUAUUUUUUAUCGCCUGCUGGUACAUCAUAUCGCCAAUCCUCAUUUUUGGUAUUUUCAUCUUUAGCAUGAUCCAGUAUCGUCCGCUCACCAUGGCAGGCUACACGUAUCCUGCAUGGGCCCAGGUGCUAGGCUGGAUAAUUGCCUUCACUUCCGUACUCUGUAUACCACUGGGAAUGGUGCAUGCUGUGCGUACCGCAAAAGGUUCUAAUCUGCUAAAGAAGUUCAGAAACAGCCUCAAACCUCAGCUACUAGAAGAGCGGUCAGAACCAGUCAUUGAAGAAAGCAGCCAAGUUGAUGCAAUCAAACUACCUUUCUCAGACCAGACGCACACACAAUGGAUCUCGGAAAAAUAAAACAUUUUAUUGCUGCCUGUUCAACAUGGAAACAGUUCAAGGAAAGUGUUGUGCGUCAAAGAUCUUGAUCUGCCACAGACUGUCUCAGGUACUCCCCAUACAGUGUUUGCUGCAACAAUCAUCGUACACAUGAGAAAGACGUUCAGCGUAAUAUGGUGUAUAUGUGUGUGAAUACUUAGUAUUAGUGUAGUGGUAAUAGUGUGAAUAAAAGUCUAUCAUCAUUGUACAAAUGCA